UCAACUACUCGUACGUACGUUUGUCGUCAUCGCUCUCGUAGUUUAGUCUGGUAGUAUAUAGUAUACGUAUACUAGUGUUGCGACUUGCCAGUGAGUGUGUGGCAGAGAGAAAGAAGGAAAGAAAGAAAGAAAGAAAGAAAGAGAGAAAAAAGUCGUCUGUGUCGUCUUUGUAGCACUGACCGGAUCCAAACCAGCGCAGCAUAAACAAGUGCGUUAUAUUUCAAUCCCGCCCUAAUCCUGCCCUCCGGCUAUUCGAUUCAUGGUCCGGCCCUCUGUACGGGUCCAGGUGAUUGGUCCAGUUGUGGAUCGAGCCAGGGUGAGCAGCGAGCUCCGGCUUUCCCCGAUCUUUCGAUCUCUCGAUUUCUCCUUCGGUGGGCGUCGUCUCGCUCGUACAUGGAAAGCCCAUUAUGAGUGUGCGAGCCGGUCAUCUGUCCCAGCCCGCCCCUGGGUCUGUUCGCGGGAUGCCUCUAGUUAGGCCGUCGCAGACAUCGCAGGCUUUUACCUCGCCUUCGCGGGGCGUGUCCUUGAGCAGUAUGGGUCAGAUGGUGGGCUCUUUCCUGCGCGGCUUUGUUCACAGUCUCAAAGGGGCCCUGCACAUCUUCCUACUGGAUCAAAACCGCCUCCAUCUCAAGCAGGAACGACAGAUUCGGCCAGAUAUCCACCGGGAGCGCCUGCUCAACCGGAACAGUCCGGUGCGCGACCACGAACUCUUUGCCAAAAAACGGGCCCUGGAACGGCGGGAAAAGCUGCUCAAUCCGCCUUGUUCCAGCUCCGCCCCGGCGGGUGGGGCGUCGCUGAGCGGGCUCGAUCCGUCUCGCUCGCCCUCCCAUUUGACUGCUCAUGAGCCUAGUUUACUUCAUCGGACCCUCAAGUGCUGCCUUUUUAACGGUGGCUUCUUCUGGCUGUCGAUCUUGAUCUUUGAACAGCUCGUUCUACCCGUGAUCACUUGGUUGGCUUUGAGCUUGGGUGAGAUCCCGGCCGACUCCUGGGCCCACUGGAUGCAGCCCGUGCUCUCGCUCAUCUUUUCCACCUUUUGGGUCCUCCCGCUGUUCUUGCUGAGCAAAGUGGUCAACGCCAUUUGGUUUCAAGAUAUUGCCAAUUCCGCCUUCAAGUUCUCCCAAGGUCGACCUCAAAUGAUGUCGUCCUUGUCGGUGAUGGUGGCCGACACCAUCUAUUCGUUGGCAGUAGAAACGGUAUUUCUAGCGCAAACCGCCCUCGUCAGCUUAGUGCCCAUCAUUAUGAUUGGACGGACCUUGGCCCUUGUCCAUUUGUGCCUGCUCAAUGCUCUCUACUGUUUUGAGUACAAGUGGUUCAACCAGGGCUUGGAACUUCACCGCCGAUUGCAUUUUGUGGAGCAAGACUGGCCUUACUUUCUUGGCUUUGGGCUGCCUCUGGCGUUGAUCACGAGUGCGCCCUCAAGUCUGGUGGUCCGGGGCUGUGUAUUUGCUAUGAUUUUCCCGCUUUUCAUUGUCAGUGCAAAUCAAGCUAUUGUGAUAGCGCCUCAGUUUGACAUGCCACUCCGCAUCUUCCGCCCAACCAUGACCAUCAGCAACUACUUGUUCUCGCGCACUUUGCCCGCACAGCAACAGCCAACCAAAAAUCCCUCCUUGUCCAGAUCUAGUGGGGAUUUGUUGGGCCCUCGGCUCCGAUAAAAGAGUGGGGUCCGGAAUCUUACCUGGAUCGCGUUGAAGGAUCGUAGGCACAUGGGUCCCCAGAUCAUCAAUCUUUUCACCCGUUUGUUACGGAAAACUUGGAUGCUUACAUCAAACGAAAGCGAACUUGGGUCCUUGCUCCUGACUUGGAUGGUAUGGUAGCAACUCUUUGCAUUAUCUUCAUACAGUACAUACACACAGUCAAAUAAAUAAGUAAUACACUCUGAAUGAUUGAACAAUCA